AUGUUAAUAUUUCUUCAACGAAAAAGAAAAAAAAACAACAACAGGGUGUCUACUUACUGCAAAGACCUGAACGUUCAUUUACUCCUCACUCUUCUCGCCUAUUUCUUUCUCUUUUCUCUUUCACCUUUUCUAAUACGUUUUCUUUUGUUCUUUCCCUUGUCCUUCUGUUUCUACUUGGUUUCUUCCUCAUUCUUUCCCUCGUUUUCCUUCUUUGUUCUUCUCUCUCUCUCUCUUAUCGUUCUUUCAGCCGUCCGAUUUAUUGACCCGUUUACCCUAUCUUCUUUUUUCUUUCUUCUUGCUCUCUUUUUCCUUUUCAUCCAUAUCCCUCUCUUUAUUCUGCUCUUCUUCCUUCUCCCUACGAUUUACAUAAUCGUUUAUUGUUCUCGCCAUUUGCUUAACCGUCCAUCAACAGUAAUGAACACAGAAAUCUAUCUAUCUAUCUAUCUAUCUAUCUAUCUAUCUAUCUAUCUAUCUAUCUAUCUAUCUGCGUUUCUUUCUUUCUUUCUUUCUUUCUUUCUUUCUUUCUUUCUUUCUUUCUAUUUGAAUGCGAACAAUAAUAACAAAGACGGGUGGGGAGCAUUAGUCCGAAUAUAUCUAUCUAUCUAUCUAUCUAUCUAUCUAUCUAUCUAUCUAUCUAUCUAUCUCAGUCUGCUAGAAUGUAUCCAUCUGUCUUAA